CUUAGAGAAGGACAAAUAUCACUGCGACACUCCACCGAUCUGGGCUUGAUGGCAAAGUCUCCAAACUCAAGCUUCUCCUCAAAUGCAGAUGUGCAAAGCUUGUUGCAUCAUACCCCAAAAAGACCCGAGGCUGUUAUUGUUAUAAUUAUACACAGCUAUUCCAUUCAAACAGGGCUUAAGACUAAAACUUAAACUUAAUCUUGCUGUCUAAAUGAACCCUGAUGUGUAUUUUCUCCCGUUUUUCCGCAGAGAACCGAUGUCUACCCCGAACCCCUCCAACUCCACCAACUCCACCGUGUUCCCCGGCGAGGGCAUGCGCGUGCUGCAGAUGGCGCUGACCGUGAUCAUCUUUAUCGUGGGCGUCUCUAUGAACGCUCUGGUGGUCUGGGCCCUAGGGCUUCGAGUCUGGUGUCGCAACCGAUGUGUGACGGGCGAAGCACAGAGCGCAGACAGCUUCCGCAUCUACGUGGUGAACCUGGCGCUGGCGGAUCUGGUGCUGCUUUUACGGACGCCGCUGAUGUUUCCCUACUUAGCCAACAACUUCACUUGGACACUGGGGGAGUCUGUGUGUAAGCUGGUGAUUUAUUUGCGAUGCCUGGGAUUGUACGCGAGCGCGUUCUUGCUGUGCGCCGUCGCGGUGGAGCGCUGCUUGUGUCUGCUCAGACCCGUCUGGGCUCGAUGGAGACGCCCUCGUUGGGUCGUGCCACUGGUUUGCGCCGCAAUAUGGGUGAUAGCAGCGGUUUUCGCCGCUCCCUACAUCAAAACAGCCACAAUUAUUCUCUGGGAAAACCGUGAGGCUUGCUUUGAAAGCGAUUUGGGAAUAGGACAAGCCUUGAAUGUGUUGGAGACCGUCGCAGGAUUCUUGCUACCUUUGGUGAUCUUCUUGUCGUGUAAUAUCGCUGUUAUAUUCUGCGCAAAGCAAGCUGAGAGCACGAUGACUUCCCCAACCUCGUCAUCCGGGCCGGGCUACACAAGCCACCGACUCACACGUCUCUAUCGCAUACUCUUCCUCACAAUGCUCCUCUUCCUCACCUGCUGGGUGCCGUACUUCAUCUGCCGCUUUCUGAGAGCCCUUUCUCACGAUCGGCCCGACUGGAAGAAGUUCAAAGAAGGAACGAUCGGAGCGGCGUACGUGGCGCUGUUUCUGGUUUACAUAAAAAGCGCGCUCAACCCCGUCUUGUACGUGUUCGCGGCUCGCGGUCUCGGCCGCACGGUUCGCGCAUCGCUGGUCUCCACGCUCGAGCACGUCUUCAACGAGGAGUCUUUGCGGAAAAAGUCGUUACGAAGGAGGGACUCUGAGGUUUAGUUUGAUGCAGUUGAUGAACACUGACUGCGAGCAGAAAACACGUACAGCACUUCAAGAGAUCCAUUUUUUUUAAUCUUGGAUUUAAUUGUGGUGCAUUGCAUUUAAGGAACUUUACAGCAAAUGCAAGGCUUUCCUUCCUGUGACCAAAGGCUGGUCAUGUUCUCU